AUGCCCGAAAAUGAGCACGCUGAAGUAAGACCACCCAUCAGUACCCCAACCUCAGAGCGAGCGCGGUCCUUUUUUGGCCGUAACUCUGCCUCUGAUGUAGACCUGGAAGUCGAGGAGGAAGGCAAAGGCCGGCCGACAAAAUGGAGCAUGGGCGUUUCAAACGACCAUGCGACUCAUGAAGUUCCUGGUUCUGUCCUCCUCCUUACUGGCGACCAUAAUCAACCUCUCGGUCUUCGAAAUGCGCCCGCUAGAACGUCUGCCUCCUCUCUCCCUGCACAACCACAAAGUCAGAGUAGACGCCAGUCGCACCACUCCAGGUCUGCGUCUGGCAAGAAGACAACACAGGACGGAAAAAUCAUUCUUACCCCGCAACCCGAGGAGUCUGGAAACGACCCACUGAAUUGGCCGACAUGGAGAAGAGAUGCGGCACUUCUAUCACUCGGCAUAUACUGCAUGGUUGGAGGAGGAAUGACCCCUAUUCUGGCGGCAGGCUUCACAAAUGUUGCUGAUACGUACGAUGUGACCGUCCCAAAAGUUGCUCUGACCACUGGGCUUUACAUGAUGGGAAUGGGAGUGGGCUCCGUAUUUGCUUCUCCUACGGCAAUCCUUUAUGGAAAACGACCUGUGUACCUUGCAAGCGCGGUGAUAUUCAUCGGCACCUCCAUAUGGUGUGCUGCUUCACCAAGCUACAACUCACUGCUUGUAGCACGAAUAUUCCAGGGAGUUUCUGUCAGCCCAGUUGAAUGCUUGCCAUCUGCUACCAUUGCCGAGAUAUUCUUCCUUCAUGAGCGUGCCUAUCGCCUGGGCAUUUACACACUGCUGCUUCUAGGUGGUAAGAACUUGGUGCCACUUGUCAGUGCUGCCAUUAUUGAACGGUUGGACUGGAGAUGGGUUUUCUGGAUUGUGGCCAUGGUUGUUGGCUUCUGUGGAGUGUUACUUUUCUUGUUCGUACCAGAAACAUUUUGGGAUCGUGCUCCAGUUCCAAAAAGUCGAAGUAGGAGGCCUUCAAAUACAACCUCGAGAUUUUCACUAUUCUCCGGAAUGAGAUCACCGAGGCCUCCACCGGCGCCAGCUCCAGCACCUGCCGCUGAACUGGAAAAGCAGGGAGAUGGGAUCACAGACGAUCCAAAUCAAGAGAAAGCAGUUCCAUCCCCCAAUCCACCUGCUUCCAAGAGGCCAUCGAAUAUACAUCGUACAAGUACCUCGCGUCACCUUCACGUAGGCUUUGUGCCAGAUCAGCGUGACGACGAUGACGAAAAUAGCGAAGCUUCUCCUACAGCUGAAAGAAAUCCAUCUCGGGUACUACAUGGCGCGGCGCAUGAUUUCAAGGAUAAGGUUGUACCCACCGGUGGAGUGCCCCCGACCCCCUUCCUGCACAACUUCGACUCCCCUUGGUAUCGCGAUAUUGAAACCAAUGCUGCGGAUUAUGUGACCGUGGGAGGUCCUACUAGAAAUGGGACUAACAUGAAUGUUGAUGGGGGAACAUCCGCCAAUAGAUCAGGGAUGUUGCUUGAUGACGAGUCCUCCAUCCCUCAGCAGAAUUCCCAAAUUCAGCGAUAUACGACAAUUCUUCGCGAUAGGCCAGCGUUGACAUUCGUUCAGCAGCUCAAACCAUACAACGGCAGGCUUCACCAAGAUAAUUGGUUUCGAGUCGCCAUCCGGCCUUUCAUUUUGUUCGCUUACCCCGCUGUUCUUUGGUCUGCCGUUGUAUACUCUUGCGCAGUCGGCUGGUUGAUUGUGCUUUCGGAAUCCGUUGCAGUAAUUUAUCGCAGCCGUGAAACUUAUGGUUUUUCUGCACUUUCGACUGGUUUGAUCUAUCUGUCACCGUUUAUCGGCGGUGUCCUGGGUACAGCUGUGGCUGGGAAGGUUAGUGAUGUUAUAGUACGCGCCAUGGCUAAACGCAAUGGAGGCCUCUAUGAGCCCGAGUUCCGUUUGGUAAUGGCUAUUCCGGUUGCAGUUACAACUGUUAUCGGAUUGAUGGGCUUCGGAUGGUCUGCUGAAGUGCACGACGCUUGGAUUGUUCCCACAGUCUUCUUCGGCGUCAUCUCGUUUGGAUGCUCGCUAGGAUCCACAACGGCCAUUACAUUCUGCGUUGAUAGCUAUCGCCAAUAUGCUGGUGAAGCUCUUGUCACACUCAACUUUAGCAAGAAUAUCUUCCAUGGCUUAGUCUUCAGUUUGUUCUUCCCUGGCUGGCUCGAGCAUUCGGGCUCCAAGUCCGUGUUCAUCUGGCUUGGGGUCAUUCAACUCAUACUCAUGGCAUUCACGGUUCCCAUGUACAUAUUCGGAAAAAGAGCUAGAAUGUGGACCGUCAGAAUGAACUUGAUGGAGAAGUUUUAG